UUAGUUUAGUAAGUUUUCAUUGCUUGAGCUUGAACGUUGCAAAGUCAAACAACUAAAGAAAAAAUGGGAAAAAUAGUUUUAUACGGUAUCGAACUAAGUCCCCCGGUGAGAACAGUUUUACUUACACUCGAAGCCCUUAAUCUAGACUACGAAUUCAAAGUAGUAAACUUUUUAAACAAAGAACACAGGACCGAGGAAUUUGAGAAGAAGAAUCCCCAACAUACUGUCCCGGUUCUGGAGGACGAUGGACAUUGCCUGUGGGACAGUCAUGCUAUUGCGGCGUAUUUAGUCAACAAAUAUGGAAAAGAUGAUGCUCUCUAUCCGAAGGAUCCUUUGAAACGUGCUGUUGUUGAUCAACGUUUGCAUUUUGAUUCGGGAGUUUUAUUUGCGAAUGCGAGGAACAUUACAGCUCCCCUGUUUAUUAGGAACGUCACUGACGUUCCACAGGAGAAAAUUGAUUUACUCAAUGAGGGAUUGAAUUUCUUGGAGAGCUUUCUGGUUCAUGACUUCAUAGCUGGCGAGACCAUGACAAUAGCGGACUUUAGUAUUUUGUCAACUGUAACAACAUAUGAGGCAGUUGUUCCAAUCGAUGCUGCCAGAACUCCAAAGUUGGUCGCAUGGAUAAAGCGAAUGUCAAAGCUACCGUAUUAUGAGAAGGCAAAUGGCAAGGGCGCUGCAGUUGCCAUAAAACUGUUGAAAGAAAAAUUGGGCAGAAAGUGAAUAUUAUAUUUGAAUGCGUGAUUUAUAAAUAAAAAUAAUUAGUACCUACUUACAAA